GGGGGCGUCGGGGCGGGGCGGCCUGGGCCGCAGAGUCGAGGCGCGAGCGGGACUCACAACGCGGAGCGUAGGGCCGGCAGCCAUGGCGGUCGAAGGAGGAAUGAAGUGCAUCAAGUUCUUGCUCUACGUCCUUCUGUUGGCCUUCUGCGCCUGUGCAGUGGGACUGAUCGCUGUGGGUAUAUGGGCCCAGUUCAUUCUGAGUCAGACCAUUAUCCAGGGGGCCACCCCUGGCUCCCUGUUUCCUGUGGUCAUAAUUGCGGUGGGUGCCUUUCUCUUCCUGGUGGCCUUUGUGGGCUGCUGCGGGGCUUGCAAGGAGAACUCCUGCCUUAUGAUCACGUUUGCCAUCUUCCUGUCUCUUAUCGUGCUGGUGGAGGUGGCCACAGCCAUUGCUGGCUAUGUGUACAGAGACAAGGUGAUGUUAGAAUUUAAUAAGGACUUCUGGCAGCAGAUGCAGAAUUACAGGAAAAAUAACCGCACAGCUUUUAUCCUGGACAAGAUGCAGAAAGAUUUUAAGUGCUGCGGGGCGGCUAACUACACAGACUGGGAGACCAUCCCACUCAUGCCCAAGGGCCAGGUCCCUGACUCCUGCUGCAUCAAUGUCACACAGGGCUGUGGGACUCAUUUUAAGGUGAAGGAGAUCCACACCAAGGGCUGUGUGGAGAAGAUUGGGGGCUGGCUGAGAAGCAAUGUGCUGGUGGUGGCUGGUGCAGCGCUGGGCAUUGCCUUUGUGGAGGUACUGGGAGUUGUCUUCACCUGCUGCGUUGUGAAGAGUAUCCGAAGUGGCUAUGAGGUGAUGUAGGGGGUCCGGUCUUUUCAGCCCCCUCAUCUAGGGCAGUGGGGUUUUACACUCCAGGUUUUUCAAUUAAAUGAAUUAUUUUUUCAGACUGAUAA